AUGGCUUCAUCAUCCGCAGCCGAGGAGACGAGCUACGACUUGUCUGUGCCGGAAGCUCUACUCAGCUUCCUCGAAGAUGCCGGCAUCCGCCUGGUGCGCCUCGAGUACCUGGUCGAGCUCUCUGCCUCCGGCAGGCCUUUGCCGCGCCGUCAAGAGGCGGAGAAGGAGAAGACGAGCUCAGGGGCGCCGGCGCUGGUAGAGAGCAGCGAGCUCAAAGAAGUGAGGAUUGACCCCAACACAGCCCACAUGUCUGUGAUGCUCCGGCACCCAGUUCCCAGACGGGUGCAAGUCCACCUCGUCUCCAUCAGCCACAUGUGGGAGAGCAUGCAGCAUCCGGAUCCGUGGAGGUUCCAGCUGGAUGCCAUCGUGGAGGAGUUCCGUCCCCGACUCCUGGAUUCAGUAGUUUGGAUCUUCUACGACUUCGUUUCCUUGCACCAAUACACCAGAAACGAAGAACAAGAGAUGCUUUUCCGACGGGCGCUCCGCGACAUUUUUGUCAUGUACUCCCACGAUGCCAUGGAAGUUCAUCGCAUUGAGACAUUGACUCCGGAGAGCGUGCGAGAAAGGUGCGCGGCAGCGCACGGAUCCAAGAUCUUCGUUUACUGGAAGGAGGAGCAGAAGAUGAUGGAUGUACACAUCUCUCAGCUCAAGUGGAACGAGACGCCCUACGAGGAACGGGGCUGGUGCCGGUCCGAGAAGGAGUGGUCUGCGUUGCGGACUUGGAUGAAGGGCGAGAAUCCGGUGCCGCUCCCACCAUCCAUGUUCCGUGCACGGAUGCAGCAGCUGAAGUUUACACACAGGGAGGACUCGGAGAAGGUCUUCAAGCUCCAGGCGAAGGUCUUCCACCAGAAGGCCGAGUCCACCACCAAUCUCCUCAUCGAAAACCUGGAUGACGACAAGAUCGCCGUUCUGGCUGCAGCUCUGCCUUUCUACACCAAGCUCAAAGAGCUCGUGGUCAUGGGAAGCCCGAAGAAUGCUUGGAAGGCGGCUUUGGGAGUGGUGGAAUCCGGUGCCUGCAGUAUCGAGAUCGCUUGCGAGAAUGUGCGAGACGAAGAUGCGAUAGCUUUUGCGGCCGACUUGUCCAAGGAGAACUGCAAUCACUUAGAACAGCUGCACCUAAAAUGCGAGACGAUGGGUGAGCUGGGCAGGCAAGCCCUCGAGCAGAUGAUGCAGCGCCACAGGGCGAGUCUGGUGAUUUCCAUUCCAGACCGCAGUCGGGGCUACGUCGAGCAGGGGAUCGAGCCAGCGGCGGCUUCGGAGACUUGCGUGACGCUGCGCAUCCUUGUCUUCAAGCGCAGCCAACCCCGAAUACUUGCAGAAGCCACGGCUGCCGGUCCCGCGCACGCCGGGAAUAAAACCAGUGCGAGUGGUCCGUUGGAGCCGCAUGCGUCCGGAGGUGGCAUGAUCUCGAGCUUCCCACAGCCCAUAGAGGCAGGUUCGGACCAGGUCAAGCAGGCCGUGAGCGUCCAUUGCCUGGCAGGGUCCAGCUUUGAGCUGGAGGUCAACUCUGCCCAAACGGGGUGGGAUGUGGCGGAACACAUCGCAAGCAGAAGUGGCCGUCCUGCAGAGACACUCGUGCUGACAUCCGGUGGUUGCGUCAUCGAUCAACGCGAGCCGCUGCUGCGUCAAGUGCAGCACGGCGAGAUCACGUACGUGGUGCAGAAGCUUGGCGCGGGUCGAGCCGCAAGAAGUUGGCAGCGCCUUCUCGACGAGAAGACAUUGUCCGACACAGAUGUUGCUGCCCUAAACGAAACCGUGUCACUCACGUGGAGCGUCAAGCAGAGCUUGAAGGGCAUCCAACUUCCCAGCAGCCUGCAGAGUUUGACGUUUGGCAAGGAGUUCAACCAGAGCCUUGAGGGCAUCCAACUACCCAGCAGCCUACAGAGUUUGACGUUUGGUGAAUGGUUCAACCAGAGCCUGGAUGGCAUCCAACUACCCAGCAGCCUGCAGAGUUUGACGUUUGGCUUGAAUUUCAAUCAGAGCCUGGAGGGCAUCCAACUACCCAGCAGCCUGCAGAGCUUGACGUUUGGCCAAAAGUUCAACCAGAGCCUGGAGGGCAUCCAACUACCCAGCAGCCUGCAGAGCUUGACGUUUGGCAACCAGUUCAACCAAAGCAUGGAGGGCAUCCAACUACCCAGCAGCCUGCAGAGUUUGACGUUCGGCGACAGGUUCAACCAGAGAUUGCAGCGCAUCCAACUACCUAGCAGCCUGCAGAGUUUGAGGUUUGGCUACAGCUUCAACCGGAGCCUGGAGGGCAUCCAACUUCCCAGCAGCCUGCAGAGUUUGACGUUUGGCAGCGAGUUCAACCAGAGCCCUGAGGGCAUCCAACUACCCAGCAGCCUGCAGAGUUUGACGUUUGGCUUCAUGUUCAACCACAGCUUGGAGGGCAUCCAACUACCCAGCAACCUUCAGAGUGUAACGUUUGGUGGCCAGUUCAUCCAGAGCCUGGAGGGCAUCCAACUACCCAGCAGCCUGCAGAGUUUGACGUUUGGCGACAGGUUCAACCAGAGCUUGGCGGGUAUUCAGCUACCCGGCAGCCUUCAGAGUGUAACGUUUGGUGGCCAGUUCAACCAGAGCCUGGCGGGCAUCCAACUACCCACCAGCCUGCAGAGUUUGAGGUUUGGCUACAGCUUCAACCGGAGCCUGGAGGGCAUCCAACUUCCCAGCAGCCUGCAGAGUUUGACGUUUGGCGACGAGUUCAACCAGAGCUUGGAUGGCAUCCAACUACCCAGCAGCCUGCAGAGUUUGACGUUUGGCUUGAAUUUCAAUCAGAGCCUGGAGGGCAUCCAACUACCCAGCAGCCUGCAGAGCUUGACGUUUGCAGCCUGCAGAGCUUGA